AUGGGCGACUACCUGUUCACGAACGCGACCACUGGCGACAAGGGCCGCGUCGAGUACACCUUCGGCUACAAGAAGAACGAUGACGGCAAGAUGCGGAUUUUCCUGCACCACUCGUCCAUGCCGUACGAGCCCGCUGCGGCGGCACCCGCAACCGCGGAGCCAGUUGAGGAGGCUCUGUCGAUGUGGGCCGAGUCGAUCGCCAAGCAAGAUGCUCUCCUUCACGACGCACGCGUCCGCGUCAGCGGGAUGAGCAAGUAG